CUCUUCUCCCCAAAGAGAGUUUUCCAAGUUGUGUUGUGCCAUAAAAUCCUACUUCUAUAAUCUUCCUUCUCACUAGGUUUUCUAUUUCGGGAGAUACAACUCGGGUGAUUCCGAAAAGCGUUAAACUGAAUCAUCGAUCGAGAGAUUUACGAACCGCUAUAUGUUCGUGGAAUCGAUCGAUUUGGUUUAAUAGAUUUGGAGUUUUUCGUGUUUUGUGGAGAAAUCAGAGGUUUAAUUUUGAAGUUUUUAGGGAGUAGAAAUCAUGUUUUUGGUGGAUUGGUUCUAUGGAGUUCUGGCAUCGCUAGGUCUGUGGCAAAAGGAGGCUAAGAUCUUGUUUUUAGGGCUCGAUAAUGCCGGCAAAACCACUUUGCUUCAUAUGUUGAAAGACGAGAGACUCGUUCAGCACCAGCCAACUCAGUAUCCGACAUCUGAAGAACUGAGUAUUGGGAAAAUUAAGUUCAAAGCCUUCGAUUUGGGAGGACAUCAGAUCGCUCGUAGAGUCUGGAAAGAUUACUACGCCAAGGUGGAUGCAGUGGUAUACCUAGUGGAUGCAUAUGAUAAGGAAAGAUUUGCAGAGUCAAAAAAAGAACUAGAUGCACUUUUGUCAGAUGAAUCAUUAGCAAAUGUACCUUUUUUAGUUCUAGGCAACAAGAUUGACAUCCCUUAUGCUUCAUCAGAAGACGAGUUGCGAUACUUUUUGGGCCUAACGGGCCUCACCACAGGCAAAGGGAAAGUAAAUCUUGAAAACUCGGGUGUUCGUCCUCUUGAGGUCUUCAUGUGUAGUAUUGUGAGAAAGAUGGGGUAUGGUGAUGGCUUUAAGUGGGUUUCUCAGUAUAUCAAGUAGUUGCUUUGGUUUGGUUUGUGUUUGUUUUGGAAGGAAAAAAAGAAGAAAUGUUAUAUUGGAUUUGGAUUUGAGGAUAUAUGUUUGUUUGAUAAAUGGUGUGUUUUAUAACUGAAUGGAUGGAUAUUAAGUAUGAAAUUUUAUGUUUGGUUUGGUU